GUUUUCUUUUCAACUUUGCGAUCAUCAUUUCGUAUAAGUUAUCAUUUUUUCACUCGGUCAAUGGUAUGAUGAAGGUGAAAACAUGAACUCCAAGUAAUCUUCUCCUACAGGGUGCUGCCACAGUUGAUCUUUAUACCGAAGAAACUUGGAUAUCAACUGUAUUUCAGCAUUUAAAAGGUUAAAAUAUUGAGAUCGCUACAUAAUGAUAUCAAGUGAUAAAGACGGAGUUGAAGAUGAAAAAUCUAAUGGAUAUAGAGCCAAAACCUUUGUUCCUCUACACAUAAAACCCCCUCAGAAGGGACUUCUCAGUGACGAGGAUAACCAAAAUCAAGUUGAUGGAAAUCAUAAUACUCUGAAUGAAAAAAUGUCGAGCUUUUUUGGAUUUGGUAAGCUAGACUCCCCAUCUAUAAAAUUCCAGCGGCUUGCCAAGGAGAGGGAUGUGUUCUCGCGCAGCAUCCCUUCCUGCACUGAUAAUACCAUUCGAGGAAGCUUAUGUAGGGUCUUCUCUAGGAAAAUUGAUUGGGGGUCCCUUCGAAACAUGGCUAAAGAAUGGAUAAAGAAUCCAAUGAAUAUGGUUCUCUUGGUCUGGAUUAUUUGUGUUGCUGUCUCUGGAGCAAUUCUCUUCCUUGUGAUGACUGGUAUGUUGAACAAUGCCCUUCCAAGAAAAUCCCAGAGAAAUGCUUGGUUCGAAGUCAACAACCAGAUCCUCAAUGCACUAUUUACGCUCAUGUGUUUGUAUCAGCACCCUCAUCGGCUUUAUCACCUUGUACUGCUCUUGAGAUGGAGAUCAGAAGAUAUUUCCAAGUUGAGAAAAGUAUAUUGCAAAAAUGGAAGUUAUAAACCUCAUGAAUGGGCACACAUGCUGGUAGUUAUUUUGCUGCUUAACAUUAAUUGUUUUGCACAGUAUGCUUUAUGUGGUCUCAAUGUAGGAUACAAGAGAUCAGAGAGGCCGGCAAUUGGGGUCGCGUUAACUAUUUCUGUGGCAAUUGGUGCACCUGCCAUUGCUGGUGUUUACACUGUUGUUAGCCCCCUCGGGAAGGACUAUGAUAUCACUUCUGAUGAAGAAGCCCAAUUAAAAAAAUAUAGUCCUGAGAGCAGUAGUGGACCAAGACAAAAAAGAGUUGAAUCAUUUGAAAGGCGAUUCACAUUUGCAUCAAAAGAUGAGGCAAAAACUAGGCAAAGUAGUCCAAAAUGGAGUGGAGGUAUAUUUGAUUUUUGGGAGGAUAUCUCUUUAGCCUAUCUGUCAUUAUUUUGUAGUUUUUGUGUUUUCGGGUGGAAUAUGGAGAGACUCGGGUUUGGAAACAUGUAUGUCCAUAUCGCAACGUUUCUUCUCUUCUGUUUGGCACCAUUUUGGAUUUUUAAUUUGGCUGCCAUCAAUAUUGACAAUGAGACCGUGAGGGAGGCAUUGGGCAUUACAGGGAUAUUUCUGUGUGUAUUUGGUUUACUUUAUGGUGGCUUUUGGAGGAUUCAGAUGAGGAAGAGAUUCAAUUUGCCCCCAUCUUAUUUCUGUUGUGGCAACCCUGCUGUUACCGAUUGUGCAUUAUGGCUAUGCUGCUGUUGGUGUUCCCUUGCUCAGGAGGUCCGCACUGGAAACUUUUAUGAUAUUGUGGAGGACAAGUUUUACAAAAAACCAGAGGCUAUACCACCUUUGCCUCGAGAAGGAGAACACUCAAGUUUCCGAUCUAGCCCUAGUCCUAACAGGUUUACGAAGGAAUAUCAAAGCCCGAUCAGGCAGCUACCAAUGGUGGAAGAAGGUUCUUCUUCAAGAGGUAAUGAUGCAACUCUGGAACCACCUGUUCCGUCCUCUAUAUGUAGAGAUGCAGUUCAGACAAAUUUAGUAUAAAUGCCACUAUGAUUUGAGGUUUGAAAUUGCAAGGACUAGCCCUUGUGUGUUUUUUGAGCAUUUUCAUAUUCUUUGCUGCUCCAUCUGUAAGUUAUUACCAUUUCCUCUUAUGAAAUACAUUUAAGUCCUACAUUUGUAUAUAUGAUUGUUUUGAAUUCAUUUUCAA